AUGUCUCUUCUGGGCUGUUCUGGGGAUUACAGAGGCACGUCCUACAGAACUCACUGUUACAUCCCAGUGACUCCUUCCGUUGCUCUUUGCUCUAGCGAUGUAAGCCCUACCUUUGGGCUCUGCUUACCCAGUAGCUACCAAGGAAAUCUCUGGCUCCUGGGUAACUGCCAAGGAAACUAUGGUGAAGCACCAAGCUGCAGAUCUCCUAGCUGUGAGCUCAAGACCUGCACCACAAGUUGCGACCCAUCAAACUCCUGUGUGCCCUGCUACUCUCCAACAGUGGGCCAAGUCUGCAGUGCUUGUGAAACUACCAACAUCAGACCCAAUCCCAGCUGCAGCCCACGUACUCAGACCAAGGGGUAUGUAUCUUACUGCUACACACCCAGCCAAAAUCCAACUAAAGCCUGCCAGACCUUUAGCAAUGGUUUCAAAUGCUUUGGGCAACUUAAUUGCUUGUCCAAUAGUUUCCGACCCCUAAACCACUGUAGACUGGGUAGUUUGGGGUAUAGAGACUACCAAAAUCUUGCCUUCAUACCCAGUAGCUUCUCACCAUCAUGUCAUAUUGCCAGAAGCUGCCAAUUCCAAGACUAUUUAGUGAGAAAUUGCCAAUAUCCACGUUAUGGACCUACGAGCUGCCAACCGCUGAGAUAUUUUUCUAGAAACUUCCAGUCUCUGAGCUGCAUUCCAAGUACCUUUCCUCCUCUGAGGUAUUUAUGCAAUGGUUGUAGACCUCUGAAUUGCUAUUGA